CCGCGAUCACUUCAAUCAAUCCAACACAUCACCCACACAAAUCACGUUGCCCCGGAGGAGAAAUCCUUUCUAUUGAGCCGAUCACUUUUAUCUGAGCUUGGGUUGCAGUUCGUGACCAGUUAAGAUCGCGUCGCCGGCAGUUGAGUCAAACCAUUCAGAUCAUUUGAACCAUGAGUUUCCAACCCGUCAACCCUCGGCCCUUCCUGCAGGCUCGGGUCGGCACCGAGCUUAUCAUCCGUCUCAAAUGGGGUCAAACCGAGUACAAGGGCAAGUUGGAGAGCAUUGAUUCAUACAUGAAUGUGCUGCUGCGGGACACGGAGGAAUUCAUUGAUGGAAAGAACACGGGCACCCUAGGCCUGGUGCUGAUCAGAUGCAACAACAUCCUUUGGAUGGGAUCGGCAGACAGCGUCGAGAUGACGGAUCUAGGGUUGCGGUAGAGACGAUCGAGCGAAUGUCGUUUACGGAACACCGAUUGAAGGUCGGGCGGAGAUACAUAUACCAGCUAAUUACUCACGGGGACGAUAUAUGUAUGCGAAGAAUGAUGGCAGAGAGCUACUGAAAAGGAUCUCCAUGAACAAUUUAUCGUCGGCUCCAUCUUUUUCCUUGUUUCUGGCACGAGGCGUUUUCGAAGAUGGCUUCUGGAUAUUGGUUUCGGGGGGGAAAUGACAGCGCGGAUUAUGCAGAUCACGAUGGAAAAGAGCUCAACUGGAGGAACGAGAAGCCGCGUCUUUCUCCCGGUCUCCUUUUUAUUCUAAAACCACACCUGGGACUGGAUAAGGCCAUGGAAGGAUGUGCCGUCUAUCCAAGUGCAUAUGGCAUGGGCGUGUUUUAAUGUUCUCUUUAGCUAUUCAGCCACUGAAAACCAAUAGAUAGAGUGGAAAGCUGUU